CCCACUGUCUCCAUCUCCCCCACCAAGCUGGAUCCUGCUUCCCCCCACACCAUCCUCCUCUGCAUCGUGAGGGGCUUCUACCCUGUGGAGAUCGAGGUCCGGUGGCUGAAGAACGGGCGCCUGGAGGAGGAGGGCGUAGCCUUUGGGGAGGAGCUGCAGAACGGAGACUGGACCUACCAGCUCCAGGUGAUGCUGGAGACCCAGCCCCAGCUGGGGGACGUCUACACCUGCCAGGUGGAGCACAUCAGCCUGGAGGCCCCCAUCACCGUCCAGUGGGAGCCCCGAUCCUCUAAAUCUGCCAGGAGCAAACUCUGGACGGGGAUCGUGGCAGCCGUGAUCGGGGUGAUCUUCUUUGCCAUGGGGCUCUCCCUCUACCUGAAGAGCAAGACAGGUGAGCAACUCCCAUCCAGCCUCCUGAAG